AGCAAGUUAAAGUUCAAACAUAAAUAAAAAUACAAAUAAUAUAAAUUAUUUUCUUAAAAAAGAAAAAAGAGUGUUCUUAAAAAUUAUUUUUUCGAGCUAAAAUAAAAAUAAUGAGUGAUGCCGAAAGCGUUAAAGUAGCACUUCGCAUUCGUCCAUUGGUUAAAACAGAAAUUGAUAAAGGAUGCCAAGAAAUAGUGAGCAAGAUAAAUGGAGAAUCACAAGUUUUUGUUAAAAAUCACGAUUCAUACACUUUUAAUUAUGUAUUUGGAAAAAAUGAGUCUCAAAUAAUCGUGUAUGAAGAAGCUGUGAAAUCUAUGAUAUCAAAGCUUUUUAAAGGCUACAAUGUUACUAUACUAGCUUAUGGUCAAACAGGCUCAGGGAAAACUCAUACCAUGGGUACUUCGUUCGAUGGGGAAAAAAGUUUUGACAUGGGCGUUAUACCAAGGUCCAUAUACGAUAUAUUUAACAAAAUAUCCGAAUUUUCUAAAGAAUACGAUAUCUCAGUAACUUGUUCGUUUAUGGAACUCUAUCAGGAAACUUUAUACGAUUUGCUUUCGAAUUCGACAAGAGAUCAAAGUUCAGUAGAUAUUAGAGAAGAUACAAAUAAAGGUAUUAUUAUUCCUGGCUUAACUGAAAUUCCUGUUUCAACUGCAGAACAAACUAUUGGAUGUCUUAUUAAGGGAUCAUCUGGGCGUGCUGUUGGAGCUACUGCUAUGAACGAACAAUCAAGUAGAUCGCAUGCCAUAUUUACAGUUAAUGUGAACAUAAUGAAAAAAGAUGAAAUUACUUCAAUGACCACGUCAAAAUUUAAUUUAGUUGAUCUAGCCGGAUCUGAGAGGUCGAAAAAAACUAAAGCUACAGGUGACAGAUUUAAGGAAGGAGUUAAUAUUAAUAAAGGCCUUCUGGUAUUAGGAAAUGUAAUAUCAGCACUUGGAAGUGGUCAAAAUUCGUAUGUAUGCUACAGAGAUUCAAAAUUGACAAGAUUGUUACAAGAUUCUUUAGGAGGAAACUCUAUAACGCUGAUGAUAGCCUGCAUUAGUCCAGCCGAUUAUAAUUUAGACGAAACGAUAAGUACCUUACGAUACGCUGACAGAGCAAGAAAAAUUAAAAAUAAACCAGUUGUCAAUCAAGAUCCUCAACAUGCGGAAAUAAAUAAACUAAAUAACAUUAUUCAAAGUCUGCGUCUUCAGCUGUUGGGGAAAGAAAAUUGUUCGUUAGCCCAUUCAGAAAAAACUGAAAAUGAUGUAUCGCAGGAUAUAUUAACCCUUAAAAGACAAAAUAAUGAAUUAUACGAAAAAAAUCAAAAAUUACGGCAACAACUGCAAACUACUUUGAACGAUGUUACAGAAAUUGAAACCAGGGCUAGUAUUGCAGAGGAAACUAAUGACAAACUUUUAACAAAAUUUAAUGAAAUUAAAAAAGUUCUUUUAGAAAAGAAAAAAUCUGGUGAACAAGUCGAUUUUCCCGAAAUUUUUGAAAACAUUGAGGAAAUAGACAAAAUUUUCAAAGAGAAUCAAGAGGAACUUAUGAAUCAAAAAUCUGAAAAUAACAGUAUCAGUGAUGUAACAUUUUGUGCUGGCUCUGAAGACAUGCAACAAAGAUACGACCAAUUCACAACGAAACAACUUGAAAUUAAUAAUGAACUUCGUAAAAUAAACCGUGAACUAGCGCUCAAGGAAUCUCAUCAUCAAAAAGUUUCUAUUAAUUUAACAAAGUUUUGUGAUUACGAUGGAGGGAAUGAAAACUUCAUUCGAGAAGCUGAAUUGAAAAUAAAUAUUCUUGAAACUGAGAAGAAUGAUCUGCUGGAGAAAUUAAAAUCGGUAAAAGAAAAUGUAACAGCAAAAAUUGCGGAAGAAAGACGCAAAAGAUUGCAGCAAUUAGAAUCAGAAAUAAUAGAUUUAAAAAAGAAAAUCACUCAGCAGGACAAAAUAUUAAAAGUUCGAGAAAAAGAAACUUUGAAAAUAGUCAGUUUAAAUAAUGAAAUUAAACAAAUGAAAGCUGCAAAAAUUAAUUUAAUUAAAGCUAUGAAGAAGGAAGCUGAAUCUUUUAGACAGUGGAAAUUAAGUAGGGAAAAACAGUUGACGCAACUUAGAGAAAAGGACCGUAAAAGACGUAACGAAAUGGCUCGUAUGGAAGCUUUACAUAACAAACAAAAAAAUGUUUUAAAAAGAAAAGUUGAAGAAGCAAUGGCAGUGAAUAAAAGACUUAAAGAGAUUUUGGAUAAACAGAAGCAAGUUCAACUUAAACGAAAUACAACAACUACUGGUCAGUCUGGAAAAAUAGAUCAAAUAUUAACCUUAAUUGAUCAUGAGCUUGAAUUGAUUUUAUCUGUUGUUGACGCACAAAUUACUCUGGAUCAGUUAAUGGAGGAUCGCGCUGCAAUAAAUCAUCGGUUAAAAGAAAUAAAAAAUGAAAACCCUAAUUAUAAGAAGGAAAUUAGAAGCAUAGAAAACGAUUUGACUUUACGAAAUGCUCAGAUUGAAGAUAUGCAACAGAAAAUUCUAUCAUCGGACAUCACAAGUAAAAUAAAAGCGAUUUGUGAGGGAGUUUCCAGUCUACCAGAAGCUAGGGGUGCCUUAAAACAUCUGUUCAACGCGUUAAUAGAUCUAAGGAAAGAACAUGCAAUAAAGGACAAUAAAAUGGAAGAGUACAAGUCGGCAUAUGAAAUCACAGAAGAAAAAGUAAAUGAACUAAAGAAGACGAUUGAAGAAAAUGCAAACAAAUAUCAAGAUGAAAUUCUAAAUGCUGAAAAAAAUUAUGAAGAAAAGAUUUCAGUGUUGUUGCGUGAGCUUAACAAAUCAUCAUGUAAAUUGAAUCAAAGCAAUGACCCUGAAGUUAGAAAGAGGAUUCAAAUUCAACAAGAAGCGCUUGAAAAAGUUGAUACAUUAAGAGAGAAAUUGGACCAUUACAAAACAAAAUGUAUUAAAUAUGAAGAAUUAUUACAAAGUCGAAUUGAAAAUAAUUCGAAAGUAACGGACAAUUUUUAUUUAAAUGAAGACUACCGAACUGAUAUUACAGAAGACAGCUUUUGUAGAGAGUUAAAUAUGAAAAAUUCUCCGAUGUUCGCAAAAAUUGAGGAUCUAAAUGUAGUUCCUACGAAUAAAUUAGUUAACGAAACAAAAACUUUUGUAACUACAUUCGGAGCUAAAAGGGCUUCCAAUGGAGCAAUAAAAUGUCGAUGCUCUGAUGGAAAAUUUGGGGAGACUUCGUGCUUUUGUAGCAGUAGGAAAGAUGAUACCGUAACUAGGGCCACGAGUGAAAAUAAUUAUUUGAAUGAGAAAACUUUUGUCAAAAGCGAAAGCGACGAAAUACUUUCUAAUAAAAGUUUAAAAACCAAAAACAUCUUAAAUACAACUAUAAACAUUUAUAAGAACGACGAUGAAAGCGAUGUAUUGCAUACUCCUAAGAAAUUUAAAUUUUCUAUGGAGGAGGAAAGUAAAUUGGACGUAACAACUCCUUCAUAUCCAUUCAAAUCAAAAAAAAGAACACCAUUUUAUCAGUGAAAAAAUUGAUAAUACUUAGUGCAUACUAUGAGCAUAUACAUA